CGGUCGGAGGACGCGGGUCGUCGUGAUGGCGCAGAAGUUCGUGGAGGCCUGACGGCGCAGGGCACAACCGAGUGUCGAGGGGAGUUGUGAGUCAAAGUUGUGCAGCCUUCUGCAACCGAUCGACGCUCUGCUGGGUUCAGUCUCGCGUGUGUCGUGUAGUAAAACGCUCGGUCCUCGGUGAGGUUCGCUUUGCUUUGGUUCGUUGAUUCCGUUGUAUGGAACUCAGAGAAACCUGGUGGCCCUUUCACGUUUAGGUCGUACAACCGACCAUCCACGGCUCGCUGCACCACCGAUUGCGAUCCUCUAAUUCCUGUCCGUACUUCACUUCCAGAGAAGUGUACAAGUGCCGAAACUACAUCCAGUGUCUUCCAAGGUGAAAGCUGCGGGCAAAUUCGUCUCGAAUAGUGAAGGAAGAGCUCAAACCGCGGCGGAUUGACCCUUUUUCCAAAAACGAUCGAUAAAUCGAUAAACCUGGAGGAACGCAAGGCAAGACACCAAAGGGUCAGGAUGGCCGAGGACCCCGUUCCAGAUUUGGAGGAGUCGAAGGAGAGCUCAUCCAAUGAGCUGAUUCCCAUCGCCGUGAAAAUCCUCGAAGUGAUUCUGGCCAUCUUUGCGAUCGGUCUGAUCGUCGAUCCAUUCAACUCAUUUCAUAGGAUUGGUACCAAGACUUUAAUGAAAUUGGACGAUGUCGGUAUAAUCUAUGUCCCGAUAGCCGGAUACAUCUUGAUCAACAUGAUCCUCAUUGUUGGAUACCUCAUGGGCGAUCGUAUACCAAAGAAAACGGCUGUCUUAUUUCCCGCGAUUGGGGCCUUCCUUUUCGUCGUUGCCGGAAGCGUGAUAGUUCACAACUGGCGAAAAUUUCGUGGAAACUACGUCGAUGUGACCAACAACGCUACCUUCCCCAGCAAACAGUACAUGGAUAUGCUGAUAUCGGGGGCGGUAUUCGUCUUCGUCGACGCGGCGGUCUUCGCCGUCGACGUUUACAUCACUCACCAGUAUUUGUAGAGCGAUCAAUGGAACAACGUCAGGAAACAAAGAAGAAGAUGACGAAAUAAAAAAAUUUCACUUAUACACUUCGACAUACAACGUUAUACGCGGACUCUGACGUAAUAUAAAGAGACUCGAGUCUUAUACAUAAACCACAUCGUCUCAGACGACGACGAACAUUGGCCAAAAACGCCAAAGAUUUUUUUUUACCCGUUUAUACCUCUAAAUUAGUCCCGUUGUCAGUAUAAUUAAUAAAUUAAGUAAUGUAUUAAUUAGCUUGUAGGUGUACAAUUUAUAAUUUCCAGUGUUCAAAAUCGUUUUUCCUCUUUCACUAUCGUUAAUCUGUUCAUCAAUUGUUAUUUAUUAAUAAUAUAGGUUUGUUAGUUACCAUAA